AUGACCAGCGGAGAAGAUAAAAAGGAGGAAAAUACCGACAGCAAUUCUUCUGUGCAACAGCCCUCAGGUCACGAGUCGACUCCUGACGCAGCUCCUGCCGAACCCGAGCUCGAUGACUUUGGCUUGCCCAAAAGACCGGUGAGGGUCAACCCACCCACAGACUCGGACGAUAGUAGUGAUGAUGAUCACGAUACAUUCCAUGAUGUCGAGGUGCCUGCGGACAAAAACGGCACAAGCGAGGGGGACACCAAAGAGGUUAUUGGCGAGCCACAGCAGAAAGCGGAAGAGCAUCCAGGAUUAGUGGACAAAGGCAACCAACAAUCGUGUCCGGAGGGGCUGCCUACAAAACUAGAUGGAGCCGCAACAGGCACGGAGAUGAAGGACAGCAAGAAAGAUCAAGCUCUUGGAGAAGUACCGCCCCUCGAGACAAAACCCGCAGACAGCAUUCCACCACUAGACACGGCAUUGAAGUCCGACACGAAGCAGGACGAGCAAUCAGGUGAUAGUGCAACAUCUCCUUCUGCAUCUCGAAUAUCUGGCACAGUCAUCCCGAAGCGGAAUUCACGAUCCAAUGCUGCCACAGCCUCCGAAUGGUCCCAUCAAAGACAAAUUGCGGCCGCAAAUCGAUCGGACGACGAAGAUGAGGAGGAGGAAUGGCAGCCAAUGCCGGCCAUCGACGAGUUUGAUAUCUUUGAUGAUAAUGGACGUCUCGUGGCGAAAGGUCACAGGGAAACCGAGAAAGAGGCAAAUCCCUACGCGGGCAUUGGCGGUGCCGGGAAGGGUUAUACCAGGGUUCAGCUCGAUGAAGAUGCACAAUCAGCUACGAGUCUCGACGAAGACACAAACUACCUGUUUCGGAAUGGCCAGAAGACGGAAGAAACGGAAAACAAGGAUGACGAAGACGACGAGCAGCGGGAUGCUCUCAGUCAGCUGCAGGCGACCAAAGACCUCCUUACAGAGGGCCAGCGGAUCGCCUACGUCGGCGUCGUCCGUUUGACGAUCCACAAAAUGUUUUCAGCCCUGGGAGACCUGGAGAGACCAAAGUCUGUGCGGAAAGAACUGAUGAGGUCUCUGGAGAACAUGGACAUGUGGGGCCAGAAGAUGAUGGUUCGGUUGUACUCUCAUAUGGACAUCAACCAGGCGGAGCAGAUAAUGAUCGAACAACUCGCCGAACAUGGGGUGCAGCCUUCUGACCUCGUUGCUCCUCUCAUGCUGAAUGCGAAAGUGAAGAAUCCAAUGGCGGAUGAGACUGCAACCGAGACUUCGAAGCCAGACAGCUCACGAAACAGAGAUUCGACGACCUCUGUCGCCUCCUCGAAAAGGGAGGCUAUCUCUUUGAAAGAGGUGAAGGAGGGCGAAGAUGUCCCUGAGGUCCACGGCCCGGAAGACAUGCCUCACACAAAGGAGAUCGAGCUCGAUUUGCGGUGGACAGUCCUAUGUGACUUAUUCCUGGUUCUGAUUUCGGACGGUCAGUACGACUCUCGAUCGAGACGAUUACUUGAACGGGUUGGCUCGACAAUGGAUAUUAGCUGGACACAGAUAUGUCGAUUUGAGAAGAGGGUGAUUGAUGCCCUGGAAAUGCAAGAAGAGGAAGCCAAAGAGAACUGGGAUGAAUCCGAACACAUGGAAAAACGACGUAAACGCGCGCUUAAGAAGAAAUACAUGGUCAUGGGUCUUGCGACUGUUGGCGGCGGGCUUGUCAUUGGUCUGUCUGCAGGAUUGCUUGCACCCUUCAUUGGCGCAGGUCUGGCAGCUGGUUUCACGACCAUUGGUGUCACCGGUACCGCAGGUUUUCUAGGAGGGGUGGGUGGAGCGGCCUUGAUCACUUCUGCUGCCACAGCCGCUGGUGGCACGAUUGCGGUCCGAGCUGCAGAUCGACGGACUGGCAGCGUCAAGACGUUUGAAUACCGACCGCUGCACAACAAUAAACGGCUGAACCUUAUAUUGACCAUUUCUGGCUGGAUGACUGGCAAAGUUGACGACGUGCGCCUGCCUUACAGCACGGUUGAUCCUAUUAUGGGCGACAUUUACUCGUUGCUUUGGGAACCAGAAAUGCUCCAGUCGAUGGGUGACACUAUCAAUAUCCUCGCCACUGAAGCUUUGACCCAAACUGUGCAACAAGUUCUUGGGAGCACGAUAUUAAUCACCCUUAUGGCAUCAAUACAGCUGCCAAUUGUGCUUUCUAAAUUGGCCUAUCUCAUCGACAAUCCAUGGAGUGUAUCCCUCGACCGAGCCACGGCUGCAGGUCUAAUCUUGGCCGACUCAUUGAUCGACAGGCACCUUGGUCAGAGGCCAAUCACUCUACUAGGCUUCUCUCUUGGCUCAAGAGUCAUCUUCUCAUGCCUCAAGGAGCUGUCGAAUCGAGGAGCAUACGGCUUGGUCCAGAAUGUUUACAUGUUCGGGUCGCCUGUCGUUGUUAGCAAGGAUGACUACUUGCGAGCUCGGUCUGUUGUAUCGGGGAGGUUCUUGAAUGGUUAUGCCUCCAACGACUGGAUCCUCGGAUACUUGUUUCGGAUGACGUCGGGCGGUAUCAUGCGAGUUGCUGGGCUUGCACCCGUCGAAGGGAUUCCAGGAGUGGAGAAUAUCAACGUUAGCACAUGGGUUAAGGGCCACAUGGCUUAUCGUGCUGCUAUGCCACGGCUCCUACGAGAAGUUGGAUGGGAGGUCGAGAGCGACGAAUUUACCGAGAUCGAGGAUCCCGAUCCCGAAAAUCACGCGCAGCGGCAGCGAGAACUCAUCAUGGAGAUCGACGAGGCCAGAAAGAAAGCUGAAGAGAAACCAGACAAGAAACGUUUCGGCAUCUUCAAACGAGGGAAACUAGCUGAGAAAAAAGGCUGGGAGAGAUACAAUGCCAACGACGCCAGCCACAAGCGGAACGCUAGCACCACUUCUACAGAGCCUGGUGCUAACGGUGAUAUCAAUGUUUUGUUUGACGUCGAUGCGAUCCGAAGAGAAUUGGCGAGUGAAAUGAUCGAAGUCAGAGAGCUGGACAGCACCCUUCCACCCAUGCAAAUAAUGUCCGUCAAGGACGGGGAAAAACACGUCGAAUACUUGCGCCUCCCACCUGGAAUGAAGCCCGAGGAGGUUGCGAGGCUGAAUCUCCCGCCACGUCCGGACGAGAUUGACGUCUCUUUCGCCCCUGUUCAGCAGCCUACUCCAAUUCGCCCUGCAAGGUCGUCAUCUUUGCGACCCGCAUCUAUAGCAAGCCCUCAACGGUCUCCUCGUAUAAGCCCCCAAAGAUCUCCUCAACGAUCUCCGGACCCGAACAGGCGGUCGUCCUACGGCUAUUCAGAGCCAAGGGAUCUCGCCAGCCCACCGCCAGCUCUCAGCGCUACACCUUCUGCUUCUCCUCGACCGGAUGCUUACCAUGCUCCUAUGGACCCCGUUCGACCGGAACUCAAACCGCAUGCAACCGACUCUGCCAUACCAAGUUGGGGUCGCCCAUCGACACCAUUUGACGAUGGAGUUGCCCCGCCAGUACCGAAGCUAGAUCUGGAACGCAAUGCCUGGGCUGAUGACGAUGACGAGUUUGGGCAUAACCGUGGCGAGAUCAGUAUGACGUUCGAAUAA